UUGAAGAGCAGGACUCUGGAGUUAGGGAAGACCUUCUGCCACUCCUCACCGUGGCACGCUCACACAAGCUUCUUGAAGAGCUGACAUUUCCAUCAAGGAAGUACGAUUCAGAACUCACAGGACUGUGGAAACUGUCCUGUGUUUUGUGCUCAUGGGUUUAUUCACAGACUGAAAGACUAAUGCAUUAUUCAAAGAACAGCAGACAGAGGACAACGGCACAGUAACAGACUAUGACUGCUCAGCCCACACUACUGAGAAAACCUGAGCGGUUUGUGACAUCUGCACCUCACCCUCUCGGCCUCUGGAGCUACUUAGCUGUGUCUGUCUGUCAGCAGAGAGAUGCCACCCAAGGGAAAAGGUCCACAAGGAAAAAGGAUCACCUUGAAAAUGGCCAAAAAUUCAGUCCGGGUACUUUUUAAUGGAAGGCGUCGUCUUGAGUUAAGCAAAAUGGGCAUUGCCACCUUCCCCAAGUGCCUUCUGGAACUGGCUGAUGUGGAGGAAAUUGAUUUGAGCAGAAACAUGUUAAGAAAGAUUCCAAACUUCAUUGAGAAGUUCCAGAAUCUGAUGUGGCUGGACCUGCAUAGUAAUCAGAUUGAUGAGCUGCCACCAGAAAUAGGCACACUUCAGAACCUUACUUUCCUGAAUUUAUGCAACAACAAGUUGACCACGAAAGGUCUACCAGAAGAGUUGACCAAACUCAGGAACCUGCGUACUCUCAACCUUGGCUUGAACUGUCUUGAGACUAUUCCCACCACUCUUGGGUCUCUGAAGGAACUUAUUGAGCUAGGUCUCUUUGACAACUCCUUGACCAUCAUCCCGAAGAGCGUGAAAAAGCUCCCCAAGCUCGAGAGACUGAAUGUAAAAAGAAACCCUUUGCCAGAAUUUGCGAAGGAAGAAGAGCCAAUUGACACCGUUAAACGCGUAGAAUCGCUUUACUUAGUAGAAAAGAAAGACCUGUGCAGAAUCUGCCUGCAGGUGUGUCAAGGUGAGAGGGAUGAGCUGCACAAGUUAGAGGAUGCGACACCCGGCCCCUCAAAUAAGCCAAGUUUCCCUUCACUCACUACACCCAAUUCCACUGCAAGGGAUAACCAGGAAGAAUGGAGAAUGAAAGAAGAAGAUGACAACCAGGAAGAGUUGAGAAUAAAAGAAGACGACGAUAACCAGGAAGAACAGAGAAUAAAAGAAGACCACAAUCCUUGAAAUAUACCAAGGCACUCUACAAAACAUGUUCCACGAAGUCCAGCCCAAGCAAAUAAAAAGCUGAUCUCCUUCUCCAUUUUCCUGCAAUUCUGCUUCUUUAAAGACCAGUUUUGUUUUAGAAGCAGAUCUCUGUGGUCUCUAAAAUGAAAACCAGAACAGCUCAACCAGAUACGUAUUUGAAAAAGACCAUUUACAUCUGGGCCUGUCCUACAACAUGUGCUCUAUGUUUGGGCUUUUUGGGAUCUUUUGUGUGUGCAGUGUCCAGUGAAGGGAUUUUAAAAAAUAGGUUUUUCUAAUAAAUCCAUUCCCACCACUAA